AUGCCGCUGUUAGCUCGCACUUUCAGUGAGUUUAUACACAUUCCAAUUGUGUUUUACAAAACGAUCGGUGAGGAUCUGUACGAACAUCGCUCCUCCAAUCGCGUACGUCGUCUACUGCUCAAGCUUCUCCUGCACAUCGGCUUCGUUAACUUCAAUUUACUCGUUAUGGGUGAGAUUAUCUUCUUUGUCAAAGCUUUACGUUCGAGCGCUACCAUUUUGGAGGCCACCGGUGUUGCACCUUGUAUUGGCUUCUCUUUUGUGGCCAAUUUUAAGCAGAUCGCUAUGACAGUACAUCGCGUUACGUUGCGUCAACAUUUCGAUCAAAUGGAAGAGAUAUUCCCAAAAACCGUUAAGCAGCAGAAUGCUUACAAAUUGCCGCAGCGUGAACGUGUUAUGCGACGUGUAAUGGCCGUAUUUACGUUACUUUGCCUAGCUUAUACUUCGACCUUCAGCAUUUAUCCGGCUCUUAAAGCAUCGGUGCAGUAUUGGCUGUUGGAUGCGCCAGUGUUUGAACGUGGCUUUGGUUUCGCCAUAUGGUAUCCAUAUAAAACAACCGAAAAGAAUUGGGUAUACUGGCUCACGUAUUUGGGACAAGUGCAUGGCGCAUAUUUGGCUGGUGUGGCCUUCCUCUCGGCCGACCUUGUAUUGGUGGCCUCGGUGACACAACUUUGUAUGCACUUCGAUUUCAUUUCACGUUGCCUCGAGGAGUUUGGUGGCGCAUCGCAGUCGGAUGUGCAGAAGGAUUUGGAGUAUUUGAAGGCUUUAAUUGUGAAGCAUGCCAAGUGUCUGAAGUUGAGCGAACAUGUCAACAGCAUUUUCAGCUUCUCUUUGCUCUUGAAUUUUUUAACUGCUUCGUUGACCAUCUGCUUUAUUGGAUUUCAAGUGACUGCUUCAUCUAAAGAAGAUAUUGUAAAAUAUAUUAUUUUUCUCACAGCAUCAUUGGUGCAAGUAUUUGUGGUUUGCUAUUAUGGUGACGAGCUGAUGACGGCGAGCAUGCGAGUUGGAGAUGCGGCCUAUAAUCAAAAUUGGUUCGAUUGUGAUAAGCGCUACAAACGUUUACUAACCAUAUUGAUAAUGCGCAGCCAAAAACCAGCCUCCAUACGGGCGCCAUUCAUGCCGCCAAUUUCCUUUCGCGCCUACAUGAAAGUGAUCAGCAUGUCUUAUCAGUUUUUUGCAUUAUUGCGUACCAGUAUGGAGAGAAAGGGAACUAAAUUUACAUAGUUAAGC